AUGGCGUCAAGAUUGAAAACUCGCAUUGGACUAGCUCUUGACCAAGUUGGUGUUAUUCGCGGGUCGAGUGUUGAAUCAAACCAGGAACUUCCCAGGUCUUCGAUUUUCGGCGUGCCUGGCUGCGGGGGAGGAGUUGGUAGGAUAGCAACAGCAGCGGAUCCGGUGAAUGCUGCUUUCCCAGAUGGAAUGAAGGCACUUAAGGGGGUGGGAGUAAUGGAAGCAGGGACCAAGAAAAUAGGAUGA